AUGGCUCUCAUUCGACAACGCCGCCAGCUUAAUCUCCGCCUCCCCUUGCCCGAACCCUCCGAGUGCCACCCAUGUUUCUCUGUACCCCUCCCUCCCACCGCUGCUGUUACCACGGCCGUCACAAACAACUCUUCCUUCGGCACUAUCUCCGCCGCCGAUCUUGAGAAACUUCAAGUCCUCGGCCACGGUAACAGCGGCACCGUCUACAAGGUAAAUCACAAGCGGGCUUCCACCACCUACGCUCUCAAACUCGUCUAUGGCGACUCCAACGACCACACAGUCCGCCGUGGCGCACCGACUCUCCCCACGUCAUCCGCUGCCACGCUAUCUUUGAGAAGCCGUCGGGAGAUAUCGGCAUCCUCAUGGAGUACAUGGACUCCGGCACCCUCGAGACCUUGCUUAAAGCCCAAGGCACCUUCUCCGAGCCCAAUCUUGCCCACGUAG